AUCUUUCUCUUGCUGAAUCCAAGGCUGAGAAUGUUACAAAAUCCAAGAAAAUCAAAUCACUCGAGUCUGUGAUCGAUAUAUUGAAAAGUAAGUUGUCUUCAGCCCAGAAAGAUGUGAUUUCGAUUCAAAAUGACUCAUUGAAAAAAGAAUCCGAGACAUUAUUCCUCAAGUCUAAAAUAGCUGAAGUAGAACAUGAGUUAGCUUCAAAAGUCAGUGAACUUGAGUGUCUGAAAUCGGAGGCUAUAUCGAAACCCUUAGUUGGUGGGAAUGACGAAAAAAAUAUUACUAAGUCUGAUAAUAUAUCUUUGGGUAGUACUGAUCUCAGUAAAUAUUUUAUACGUGGAAAAAAUAUGGAUCCAAUAGAAAAAAUCGAUGGUGAGAUUACCGAAUUAUCAAAAAAUGAUACCGAGAUUAUUCCCAAGGUAAUUGAUGAAAUCGAUAUUAGCGAAACUAACAACAAUAUACUCCAAGAAAUACCGAGUAUGUCUACUUACCUUGCACAGCCGGAAAAUAAUGUGUCCUCUUUGAUUGAAUCGAAUACCCAGAUGGGGCCUGGUCCCGAGGCUUUGCCUCUUCCGAUAGGAGGAAUAGGAGCGACCCCUAUUAUGAGAAGUACGUUAAUGUCACCGCUAUUGGCAUAUAUUUUUCUUAUUCUGUUAAUUAUUGCGUUAUUAUACAAAAUGAGUUCUCAAGAUAAUAUCAAUCCAAAUUGGCAAAAAAUUGAAAAUGACGUAAAAACAAAGCUUAUAAAAUUUCUUCAAAGUGAUGAAGAAUCGAUUUCUUUAGAUAUAAAUAAAAAAAAGAAAAAAGAGCGCGAGAGUAUGAGUGAAGCGGAUUUCUUGGAUUAUAAGCAGAAGUUUGAAGCUAAAAUGAAAGUUCCUACUACUCCAUACAAAAAAGAAUUAAAAACCCGCUCUUUGGCCCUCAUUGAAUAUGC